GUGAAAUCUUUGCUGCUGCCAACAGCACUGCUCGCGGUACAAUAUGAGUUUGUAUGCUUGUAUCCGCAUGUGUUUGGCAGGCUACACUGAGCGUGUGUGGUACCAGGGGCCGUUAUGAGCGGGAAGAGCCUCUUGCUGAAGGUCAUUCUUCUGGGGGAUGGCGGCGUGGGCAAAAGCUCUCUCAUGAACCGCUAUGUGACCGAUCGCUUCGACUCGCAGUCUUUCCAUACCAUCGGUGUGGAAUUCCUCAACCGCGACCUUGAAAUCGACGGUCGGCUGGUCACCCUACAGAUCUGGGACACGGCAGGCCAGGAACGAUUCAAGAGCCUGCGCACGCCUUUUUACCGUGGCGCAGAUUGCUGUCUGCUCACGUUCGCAGUGGAUGACCUGCAGAGCUUCCAGAAUCUGGGCUGCUGGAAAAAAGAGUUCAUGUAUUAUUCAGAUGUACGAGACCCGGAGCGCUUCCCCUUUGUGGUACUGGGAAACAAGGUAGACAAGGAAGAACGUGAGGUCGGUGAGGAUGAGGCCAGGGCCUGGUGUGAAGAAAACGGCUGCUGUCCGUACUUUGAAACCAGUGCCAAGGAUGACACAAAUGUGGGGGCUGCUUUUGAAGCUGCUGUUCGGGAGGUUUUGGCUAGCGAGGACCCCAUUGACCACACCUUGCUGAGCAGUUCCAUCGAUCUCCAUGGAAACCGUAAAGUGACCCGCUCGUCCUGCUGUUGAGGUGCCUCUAAGUUGCUCCUGGCCUUUGAAACUAUGGACGUGCAGCCGUGCUUGAGAAUUAUGGUAGAGGCAUCAGACCUGUGUGUCUUGUGGUCUCCUUCUAACAGAGCUACCUAAAAGUAAAGGUAUUUUAUACAUUUAUCUUUUCGCAGUCUGGCACGAAUAACAUAUUCUAUGAAAUCUCCCAGUCGAAGGUUUGUUUGCUUGUGAUGUGGUGCUUUUAGAAGUGUUUUAUGACAGCCUCACAUAGAACAAGGAUGGACAACUUCGGUCCAGGAGGGCCACUGUCCUGUAGAUUUUACCUUCAAUCUAAUCAAGCACUGCCUGUAGCUUUCUAGUUAUCUCGAGGACACUGAUUAGCUUGUUCAGGUGUGUUUGAUUAGUGUUGGAUCAAACCUCAGCAGGACAGUGGCCCUCCAGGACUGAAGUUGCUUUUCUCUGACAUAGAAUGAUGAUUUAGCCUUAACAUUUUGCUGUUUUGGACCAUCCUACUAUUGGGCUAUUAUAGUACUUUUUUGUCUGAUAUUUUAAAAUACAUAACCCCAAAUUUGCUUACUGUCCACUGAUAUCAGUAAUUGAUAUGGUACUGAAGUCAAUAACGCAUAUUUUAUUUAUUUUGCUCAAGUAAUUUUUUCUUGGUGAAGUCUGUCAGGAACAUGUUUUGGACAUAUUUCACCACAAAUUAAAAAGAAGAAAACAAAAGAACAUAAGCAAAAUAUUAUCAUAAAAUAGUUAGUGGGUUGUUCACCCAAAAAAAAAAAAAUUCUGUCACCCUUGUGUUGUUACAAACCUUUGGAUUGAAAAAUUAAGAGAUUUAAGAUCAUCCAUAGGCAAGGGUCAUGAAACAUUCAAGGGAAAUCAGUACAGAAAGGUACUGUAGAUAGAACAUCGUCCAAUAGCGCCGUAUAUUCAGCCUUUGUUCCCCUGCUGCCGACCCUGCCCCGUUUUAUACCGGACCCAACCGCUUCCACUAAAUUUAGAUCUGGUUUCCAAAAUCUCACGUUUAAAUUGGGUACUACCAAAAGAGAGAGAUAACUAAUAAAACUGUGUGUUGUGCAAGGAUUGUAGGCUAAAUGUCAGUUUUUUUUGCCCCUUAAGCCUGGUUUAUACUUCUGCGUGUUUGCCCCUUAAGCCUGGUUUAUACUUCUGCAUCGAGUGAUCAGCGUGACCCACGGCACAUGCAACGCGCAUAGCUGUGCAUUCAUACUUCUGCGCGCUGUUUCUGUUGCUCUGCAACACUUCCAAUACGCUAGUUGGCAGUGAGGUGUUUAUGUUCCUCUGUGUUGUAUCUUCGAUGGUGUUUUGUUUUUUCUGAACGCUUCCUUAAUGUACAAGUAGUUCAAACUCGCUCAUUUUGAGGCAGGAACCGGCGGACGUGCAACAACUUUAACCAUAAGGUAAACACAAAACAAAACUUUCCAUCCGGAGCUCCUUCACGGGACUCCACACUUGUAAACAAUCGUUCCAUCGGGCUCGCGCAGCUCUCAGUCCCACACACAGUUGUCAGUGCUACCAAGCCGACCAAUCACAGAGCUUGCGCUAUGUGUCUUUGCGACAUGUAGUUACAUUUUUUGAGAGGUGCGCAUCAGCGACGGCGAGGGCUGUGCGUCCACGCGUAGGCUGCGCCGUAGCAUACGUGUGCGCUUGACGCAGAAGUAUAAAUCAGCCUGUACAUGAGUGCCACCUUAAACCUGAGGUUCCAGUCUUGUGACUGCUAAAGGGUAAAACUUUGAGGUAUUAUCACAUUGCGCAAGGGGUAAUUUUUUUUUCAUUUGCACCUAUGACGCAUGAUAAAGACUCCCAUACGUCAGACUUGCCUGAUGUGGGUUUCCUAACAGUAAACUGUCCAUUUCUAAUGCAACCUGAAGGACAGCACAUCUUCACUUUGCUUUCCCAUGUUGGUAAAACCCGCUUUGAAUACCAUUAUGCAAAUAAUGCGGUAAAAAAAAAAGCACAUGCUGAAAGCGCUGGUCCAUGGGUUCAUGUAUAACAGUCAUGAGCACUGGAUGUACCGGUGCUCAAUGAGGAAAUCACAGAUAUGCUGUUCCGAAAUAUCUUCAGGACUCUGGAGCACUAUAUUUUUAAACUGCCCGCUCGCUCCCAUUCAAAUUACACCUGAGUUACCGACUGCUACCGUGUUUUAUUCAGGAAUUAUUCCCGUGCCGCAAGGUCGGGUCCUACGCCUGACCUGCAGACCUCUACACUUGGGUGAUAAAUUAUUGAGUUUUAAUUUUGGGUGAACUAUCCCUUUAAAUAUUUUUAUUAAGAAGGACUUUGAGAUGAAACAUGCAAAUUUCUUCAUCUCAUUCAUUUUGUUACGGUACAUGUUGUAAAAAACACAACCUCAGAUUAGUGUACACAGCUAGCAAAUCUUUUUUUAGAUGUUUCACUACCAUUUUUUUAGAUAGAAAGGGACUUUCUUUUAUUGUAGUAUCAAAGUAGUUUUUUUUUUUUUUUUGCUCUUUUAUAAAUUUCAUGAUGUAAGGAGUUUCUGUAACUGUAAGAAGCUACUACUACUACUAUUUUGAGUUUGAUUCAUUUGUCAGAUUGUGUUGUGUCUAAUUGCAUGUUCAACCUGGAGGCUGUGAUGUAGUGUUGAGCAGAGGAGUGGUUGUUUGUUUGUAUGUGUGUGUGUGUGUAUAUUUGUGUGGGUGUUUAAAAGUUAGCACGUGUCCGAAUGAAGGCCUCUCUGAGAAAUGGCAUAGACACAGGCACAUUUAAUUGUCUGAAAGCAUGUAAAACAUUGACAACACUUGUCUACAUUUGAGACUUUUUUAUUUUAUUAUUAUAUUUUACACCAAACCUGAGAAUAAUGUUUGAUUAAUUAUUUCAUGUAAAUUGUUUCCUCAGUUUUAGUCCAGUGUUGAUAUGAAACCAAAGCACACGGUACCCAGUUUUGCACUGAAUGACCUAUGACCCUGCUUAAAGGGCACUUGUAAAUCCUUGAUACAGUGCAUUUAUAGGUACUUUCAUUUAUGUAUUUUAUAAUAUUAACUUAUUUCCUAAUGCUUUUUCCCUGAAUAUGAAUGUUUUCUCUGCCUUUGAUCUAUUUUAUGCUAUAGGUCUCAUGACAACCACAGAAACCCAAAUUUGUGGAUUGAUAUUCUGAACUGACAGUUGCGUUAAUGCAUAACAUGUAGCCAUAUUUUUGUUUACAGACCUUUACUUGCCUGCUUUUGUAUGUUUGUUUGCUAUACAUGUAAAACAAAAGAAAUAAGUUGGACAUGUUCAAUUAUUGUGUGUGUCCUUGCUGCAGCUUGCAGUUCGAUGACGUACUGGUUUAAAGGUCUAAUGGGUAAGGGUAAUGGACAUGGGUGCGAUUGUUUCUUGCUUGAAACGCAAAUUAUUUAAAUUACUUUUUAACUUGCGCAUUACAUUGUGUGUUAUUAAUGUUUACACCUACCUCAACCCUAAAUGAAACCAUUACAGUUCUUAAUGUCUACACCACCUCUAAACUCAACCAUCACAGUUAUUAAUGUCUACACCCACUCCAACCCUAAACCUAACCGUCAGUUAUUAAUGUCUAACCUUAGACCGAACCAUAACAGUUAUUAAUGUGUACACAAACCCCAACUCUAAACCCAACCAUAACAUUUAUUAAUGUCUGUAUAUAUCCCAACCCUAAACCUAGCCAUAACACUUAUUAAUGUCUGCACAUACCCCAACCUUAAACCCAGCCAUAAAAGCUAUUAAUGUCUAACCUUAGACCGAACCAUAACAGUUAUUAAUGUCCACAUGCAUAUACCCCAACCCUAAAUCCAACCAUAAGUUAUUAAUGUCUACACAUACGGCAACCUUAAACCCAACUAUUAGUUAUUAAUGUCUGCACACACCCCAACCCUAAUCCCAACCAUAACAGUUAUUAAUGUCUGCACAUACCCCAACCCUAAACCCAACCAUAACAGUAAUCAAUGUCUACACCUAUCCCAACCCUAAACCCAACCAUAAUAGUUAUUUAUGUCUACACAUACCCCAACCCUAAACCCAACCAUAACAGUUAUUAAUGUCUACACAUAACUUAAGCCUAAUGGUUAUUAAUCACUACACAUACCCCUGUUCUAAACCCAACCAUAACGGUUAUUAAUGUCUACACAUACCCCAACCCAAAAUCCAACCAUAACGGUUAUUAACGUCUACAUCUACCCCAACCCUAAACCCAACCAUAACGGUUAUUAAUGUCUACACAUACCCCAACCCAAAACCCAACCAUAACAGUUAUUAAUGUCUACACCUAUCCCAACCCUAAACCCAACUAUUACAGUUAUUAAUGUCUACACCUAUCCCAACCCUAAACCCAACUAUUAGUUAUUAACUUCUACACAUACCCCAACUCUAAACCCAGUCAUAAUGGUUAUUAAUGUCUACACAUACUCCAACCCAAACCCAACCAUAACAGUUAUUAAUGUCUGUAUAUACUCCAACCCUAAACCCAACCAUAUCAGUUAUUUAUGUCUACACCUAUCCGAACCCUAAAACCAACUAUAAGUUAUUAAUGUCUACGCAUACCCCUGCUCUAAACCCAACCAUAAGUUAUUAAUGCCUACACAUACCCCAACUCUAUACCUAACCAUUACAGUUAUUAAUGUCUACACAUACCCCAACUCUAAACCGAACCAUAACGGUUAUUAAUGUCUACAACUGCCCCAACCCUUAACCCAACCAUAACGUUUUUUAAUGUCUACACCUAUCUCAACCAUAAGGUUUACUAAUGUCUAUAUAUACCCCAACCCUAAACCCAAUCAUAAGGUUUAUUAAUGUCUAUAUAUACCCCAACCCUAAACCCAACCAUAACGGUUAUUAAUGUCUACAUAUACCUCAACGCUACUGUUACCUUAGCAGGCUUUACAAUGUCAUACGUAUUGGACCUCAUCCAGUACAUCAUCGUGCAGCAGACUGCAGCGAGGCAGUUAUCUUCUACAUACAUGUACGGUUUUAAACGUUUAUUGGUACACUGUGAAAUGGAAAAAGAUGCAACACUGUGUUUAUUUACUCAAACUGCUGAUCAUCCAGAAACAUUCAUUCCUAAUGUUGGAAAAAUCUGUAUUAGUUUACUGAUGGUGUUUUCUAGCAAAUCAAGGUACCACACGUCUGGGUUUACAGUGAAGAUUUGUUACAUCAGAUUUGUAUUAAGGUGAUGGAAAGAUGUUACAUCGGGAACUGUUUUGAUUACAUUAUCGCACUUUUCAGUGUUACAAAAUACAAAAAGUUUUGAUUAGUCUGUCAAAAUGUCAACUUGAUGAGCUUUAGGUUAAUCUCACUAAGCAAAUGCCCAGAUAAUUACACCUCAACAUUAAUUAAAUGAAUUUUACAUAUAAUAAUGAGUCUAAAAAACCCUCUCUUGGAAUGUUCAUUUUCAUUGUUUAGUGAAAUUUAAUCUGGACAUUUUUUUCAUGGGUUUAAUCCCAUCUGUUUCCACUUGAGCGAUCUUGCUAUUUAAUAUGUUACAGUUCACAGAAUUAUUGUAUUCCAUUAAUAAUACCAUAUUUCCUUUUGGUUAUUUGUCAGUGUGACCAGUCAUGACCACAGUAGUGACUUGUGGUUAAUUAAGGGCAUUACUGCAGUGAAUGUACCUUGUCACUUUUUGCUGUUUGCCUUGUGAAAGGUUGGUACUCCUGUAUUUUCUGAGAUGCGAACAGAUGUCUUUAAACUGAUUAAACGUCUGUGGUGUUUUGAAAGCAAGGUUGUUGUUAUGAUCUCUAAAUAUGGCUGGCCCACAAUUGUGUACUUCACAUCAUCUCCAAUGCAAUAAGGAGGUCAAGACUGCUUUUUUGUUUGCAAAUGUAGUUCGCAAGAAUAUAAAUGCAAUGAAUAAAGAAACUGCAACAGCA